AUGGCCGUCUUUCUCAGGCGACUGGCGAACGCCGCGUCGAUAUCUACCGGCGUCCAGACAAAUUCCGGCUCACGUCUCCGUUUCGGGGCCCUUGCUGCCGUUUCCGGUGCAAUCUCUUCGUAUUACUUCUUUUCCUCCCCAAAUUUGGUUUAUUUGGAUCAACUGAGUGAAGAUUCUACACCAAAAGUUGCCCUAAAUCCUGAUAAAUGGAUUGAAUUCAAACUCCAAGACAAGGUGCAGGCCAGUCGCAAUUCUCAAUUAUUCAGGUUUUCGUUUGAUCCCGACAAGAAGUUAGGUCUUGAUGUUGCAUCCUGCAUAAUUACAAGGGCUCCAAAUGGGCAAAAUGCUGAGGGGAAAACCAAAUAUGUAAUUCGCCCUUAUACACCUAUAUCAGAUCCAGAUGCCAAGGGAUAUUUUGAUUUGCUAAUCAAGGUAUACCCAGAAGGCAAAAUGAGUCAGCAUUUUGCUAGCUUAAAACCAGGAGAUGUUGUUGAAGUGAAAGGGCCCAUCGAAAAACUCAGAUACAGCCCAAACAUGAAGAAACAUAUUGGCAUGAUUGCAGGGGGGACUGGAAUUACGCCAAUGCUUCAGAUAAUAGAUGCCAUCCUUAAGAACCCCGAUGAUCAUACACAGGUAUCCCUGCUCUAUGCUAAUGUAUCGCCUGAUGACAUUCUUCUUAAAAAGAAACUCGAUGUUCUAUCCGCCAGCAACCCAAACUUGAAGAUAUUUUACACUGUUGAUAACCCAACAAAAGAUUGGCUGGGAGGUAAGGGUUACAUAUCGAAGGACAUGGUACUCAAAGGCUUGCCCAGCCCCAGUGACGAUACACUUAUUCUUGUUUGUGGGCCGCCUGGAAUGAUGACUCAUAUAUCUGGUGAUAAGGCUAAGGAUCGAUCGCAAGGAGAGCUUGCUGGAUUACUCAAAGAACUUGGAUACACAGAAGACAUGGUUUACAAAUUCUAA